AUAGAAAAUAUUUGUUUUGAAUUUAUUUUCCCGGGACGGUAAGUUUGAGUGAAAAACUAUUUAAGUAUAUUUUAUAUGGCAUAAAAGUAAGAACAUUACUAGUUUUCUUAUAGUAAGUGUUUGUUAUUAUGAGAAAUUUUAGAUGAGGACAAAAUGAAGACACUAUUUCAGACGUUAGUUAUAUUUGCUGCAUUAUCGUUGCUCUUUGAGCCGUACUUUUGUGAAAAGAUCAAACGUUUUACAUCUAACGGGAGGAAUGCUGGAAUACUAGAAAUACGAAAUGUACGGUCGUUGUUGAAAUGUUCCAUUCAAUUUCAACACAAUGCGCAUUUCAAGUCGUUCAACUAUCACAAAAAUGAUCAAAUAUGCGAACUUAGUAACCUUUAUCCGGAAAGUUCAAUAGCAGACGACGGCUGGUCAGUCUACGCAUAUAUUGUUGAUGGGUCCUGGGGUAAUUGGCUGAACUGGGGCUCGUGUUCCGUGACAUGUGAAGAUGGAACAAUGUCAAGGUCAAGGAUUUGCAACAACCCGUCACCUAGCAACGGAGGAGAGCAAUGUCAAGGGUCAGAUCUCGAAAAUCAUGGUUGCAACGCUGGAGCAUGCAUGGCGUUUGUCAAUGGCUAUCACUUGAGUACAGUGUCCGCCGAUUGGAACACGGCAAAGGCAAUCUGUGAAGAUGCAUCUGCAAGAUUGGUGAUAAUUGAUAGUCAAUUAGAAAUGGACACUUUGAUUUCACUAUACAAUAAUCAAGACUUAGAUCAUUGGAUUGGAAUGACCUGUACUUUUGGUACAAAUUGCCAAUGGAUUGAUGGCCGAACAGCUGAUUCUGGAUUCCAAUCCUGGGCUCCAUUUGAACCACUUGGUGCAUAUUGUGUAUAUAUGGGUUAUUGGAACAACAACUGGGAUGAUACUUCCUGCGGCCAUAACAAACUCUUCAUUUGUGAACAAAUAUAAAAGAAACUAUCUACUAUCUGAUUAGAAAGGAAAUAUAUUCUGCAGGUGUUUGAGGAUCAAUAUUGAUAGGUUUUAGUUGUUGUUUUGUAUACCUUUAUUACAUUUUAUUUCCUUAUUUAUGCUGAUAAUUUCAAAGUAAGAAAGAAAAAAGCUUCGAAUGCACGUUAAAGUACUUAAAAAGCAACGCUGAUUACGCAAGUCGUAUUGUGCGAAAUACACAUCUACAUAUGUUAUUACUUAAUUGAAAGCAACAUUAUAAUGUUUGUCCAAAUAUAAGAAUAUUAUCUAAAUGAAGCCUGCACUUGGUUGUUGUCAUGGAAAAAGGGAGAAAAUCGACUCCGAGAUUGAAAUGCAAAUCUGGUUUUGAUAGUAUUUCAACAGUUUGACGAUUACGAUACUGAUAAUCUGGUUUUAAUCCAACGGCUAGCGACAGGUCAAACUCUCUGCAGACGGAUUUUUUAGAGGUAAAGAGUUCAUGUUUACACAUUAUAUACUUAAAGAUUUAUU